AUGCUAAAAGUCGUAAAACAUGUGGGUAAUCUUUUGAGUAUCAAGAUUACGAAUCGAAUAUAUCUAUAUGAUAAACUUUCUUAUAAAUCUCAAAAAGUUGCUCCAGAUAACAAAUCUAUUAAUUUUUUUUAUUAUACAUUAUCAAUUGCUAUAGGAUUCUUAGGAUUAAGUUAUGCUGCUGUUCCCUUAUACAAAAGAUUCUGUCAAAUAACAGGAUUAGGAGGAAAUGCUGCUUUAUUGGAUCUUAAAACUAAUUUGGUGGAUUCUAUGAAAAAAAUUAAAAAUAGACCUAUUCGUGUAUGUUUCAAUGCUGAUACAAAUUCAUUAAAUGAUUGGAACUUUGAACCACUUCAAAAAAGCUUGGAUGUUAUACCAGGAGAAACUGCAUUAGCAUUUUAUUCUGCUGAAAAUACUCAUGAAACCCCUAUUGUUGGAAUUGCAACUUACACCAUAUUACCAUAUAGUGCUGCCCAAUAUUUUCACAAAAUUCAAUGUUUUUGUUUUGAAGAACAAUUAUUAAAUCCACAUGAAAAAGUCGAUCUUCCCGUAUUUUUCUACGUGCACCCAGACUACGUGCUCGAUCCCACUCUGGAAAAUGUCGAUAACAUCGUUUUAUCCUAUACUUUCUUUCAAUCUAAAGACGAUAUCGACGAUAUACUUCAACAAAAUUGAACCAUUUUUAUUUUAAAGAAAAUAUAAAUAAAUUAUAUAUGAAACAAGAAUGUAAAAA